AUGAAUUUCUUAAAAGUUCGUUUGAAUGAAGAUGAAUUUAAUAUUGAAUUGCGCCAUUAUUAUUUAAUUCAAUUGAUAUUAAAUGAAAAAUGGAAUGAGACUUUAAAUCUUUUAGAACAAACUCCUUCUAUUCAUUCAAAUCUUAUUCAAUUUCAAUUUAAAUGUUUAUCAAUGAAAAUAGAAAAUAUUUUCCGAGAGAGUAAUUAUAAUAAGUCGGCUGAAUUCUCUAAUAAAGAAGAAAGUUUUGUUUGUUAUAAUAAAAAUGAUCGAAGUUAUUCAUCGUCAUCAUUAAACUCGAUUGAAUCGUUUCAUCAAAAUAUUUUAUUUUCCUCAAAAGGAAAAUUUUAUAAGAAGAAAUCUUUCAAUUGGAUACAAAUGGGUAAAGGUGAAUGUGAAAUUUUUCAAAAUAGUCCAACAGAAAUAUUUAUUCGACUUUGGAUUGUAAAAAAUUCUUCAAUAAAACUUGUUCUUCUGGUUAAUAUUAUUCAAUUAGAUCAUUUUUCUCUUUUAUCAACAAAAAUGUCUUCAUUAACAAUUCAAUUUCAAGCAAAAAAUCAAUGUGACUAUCCACUUUCAAAUCAUUUUAAUUUAUAUAAAUUGAAAUUUAAUUCAAUGUUUGAUUUUAUCCAGUUGAAAACUGCAUUAACAUUGAGAUGA